CUGACAUACGUUUGUUUACUACAUGUCAGCUCCAAAUGUCAUGUUCUAGCCUAAAAAUUAGUUACAAGAAAAAGUCGAAGAAUUGUUUAAUAAAUACUUUACAAUGGACAAUUCAUCGCCAAUUGUUGUAUUCCAUCCUAUUAUUUCAUCGAUACAAAAAAUCGCUCUUUAUGAAACGAAAUCGAGAUUUUAUUUGAUGGGAUCGAACAACGCCUUAACUCGUUUUCGUGUAUUAAAAAUCGAUCGUACCGAGCCAAAGGAAUUAAUCGUCGUGGAUGAUAAAAGGGAGUACACCAAAGACGAGAUAAAGGAUCUCGUAUACAUGAUAGACAUGGGUAAUCUUACGCGUGCUGGACAACGAAGUAACAUUGGCGGGAUUUCGAGAGUUAUUUCAGCUUUUGGUAUUGUUGGCAGCAAUUACAAUGAAUCUACACCUGACAACGGUGUAUCAGAAGAGUCUGAGCACCAAGAAUUUCAAAAGCCGCUGCACAAACCGACUCAAACUAAAUUCACCUGGAAAACAAUGUGGCAGAGGGACAGUUUUCCCCGACUAGUAUCAGCUUUCGGUCUUCUUGGUUUUGUACGUUUUCUGGAGGGAUACUAUAUAAUUCUCGUCACAAAACGAUGUAGGGUGGCUGUAAUCGGACAUCAUACUAUAUAUAAAGUAGAAGAUACUUCGAUGAUUUAUAUACCAAAUGACACCGUGCGUGUCUUUCACCCCGACGAACAAAGAUACGUGAAAAUGUUUCAAAGUAUCGAUCUUAGCAGUAAUUUCUACUUUAGUUAUUCAUACGACUUAACACAUACCCUGCAAAAUAAUAUGACUCCACCGAAGCAUAUUAAAUCGAAUGUACCUAAUACUUUCGGCAAUGUUUCGAGUCGCACAGGAAAUGACGAUACCGAGGACGCAGGAGACUUUUUUAAUAUGUGGGCAUUUAGAAAGAACCAUCAGAACAAUAGUACAGAGAAAUAUAUCGAUUAUGGUGUACGAAGUAAUCCAAAUCGUCGAUUUGUAUGGAACUCUCAUCUUUUGAAACCAGCAGAAAAAGAUUUACAUCGUGACUGGAUAUUAUAUGUCACACACGGAUUUAUUGGUCAAUCAAAUGUUAGUAUUUUUGGAAGAUCCAUGUACGUAACUAUUAUUGCCAGGCGGAGCAAUAAAUACGCGGGCACCAGAUUUUUAAAACGAGGGGCGAAUUUUGAUGGUGAUGUUGCCAAUGAAGUAGAAACGGAACAAAUUGUUCACGACUCUGGUGUAAGUUGUUUAAAUAAGGGUCGCUUUAGUUCGUUUGUUCAAAUGCGUGGAUCAGUUCCUGGUCACUGGAGCCAAUAUGUUAGUAAAAUGGUACCUAAACCUACUAUAGCUUGCGAUUUAGCAGAUCCAUACGUAGAAACAGCAGGGGCACACUUCAAUCAAUUGCUAAAGAGGUAUGGUUCUCCCAUUAUAAUACUUAAUCUGGUCAAAAAACGGGAGAAAAAGAAACAUGAAAGCACGCUGAGCGAAGAAUUAUGUAUGGCUGUGAAAUAUUUAAAUCAAUUUUUGCCACCGGAGCACCAUAUUCAGUACAUAAGUUUUGAUAUGGCUCGAAUGAAUAAAAGAAAAAAAGUCAAUGUUAUGGCACGUUUAGCAAAUAUAGCGUAUAAUGCAGUAUUAAAAACCGGUAUUUUUCAAUCGCAAAACCCAUAUUACAGUCAGAGAAAUCUAUUUUCUUUCCAAUCUAAUAAUGCUAGAAAACUUAACAAAACGAACUCAAACACAGCUUUAUCGCUCGAUUCUUAUAACGAUCAAAGUUCGAUAAAUUUGACAGUUGAAAGUAGCAAUAAUUUAUUUAUGAAUUGCAAUGCUGGUUCGCAAUCUAUCAUAGAAAAUAAUUUUGAUGAAACAAAUCAGAUAGAAAAUACAGUAAGGCAGUGUUUUAGUACAAAAGGCACAUUACAAACUGGAAUUAUUAGGACGAAUUGCGUGGAUUGCUUGGAUCGUACAAAUACAGCACAAUUUGCAAUAGGAAAAUGUGCAUUGGGUUUUCAGUUAUGUGCUUUAGGUGUUCUAGAAUCUCCUAAAUUAGAAUUUGACUCUGAUUGUGUGAGAAUGUUAGAGGAGCUUUAUGAGGAUCAUGGUGACACAUUAGCAUUACAAUAUGGUGGUUCCCAAUUGGUGCACAGAAUAAAAACUUACAGGAAGACUGCACCGUGGACCAGUCAGGGUAAUGACAUAAUGCAGACCCUCAGUAGAUAUUACAGUAACACUUUCAGUGAUCAAGAAAAACAGCAUACUAUUAAUUUAUUCUUAGGUUUAUUUAUUCCUGAGGAAGGGAAACCGCCAAUUUGGGAACUUUUAACAGAUUACUACCUUCAUCAUAAACCAGCUUGUCAAUAUUCUCACAGAACAAAGCUCUUAACACAAUGGUGGGAUACUAAUGUGUUAAAGUGUCUUCCUUAUGCGUUGAAUGAAGUAACAAAAGCUUGCACGGAAAUAAUACAAGUACAAAAUUCAACAGAAGAAAUGAUCGAUGUUUAUUACGAUUAUCAUCGACCAUACGAAUUGUCUUUACUUUCUGAAGUUUACGCGUAUAAAAUAAGUCAUUCGGUCAGAGAUUUUAUGCCGAAUUGUACAACGAGUUUUAGUCCUUUCGCGGUACGAGUUCGACCAGGUAAAAGAAGGGAACAAACAGGUAAUAAAAAUUUGAAUAUGAAGAAUCCUUCUAUGACGGGACAAAGUAGCACAAGUAGUACGACCUCGAGUGCAAGUUCGAGCGACGAUUUGAGUUCAGAUGAAGAUGAGAGCCAUCAACAUACUAACGAGUCUCAGCUAAUAACUUCGAAAGAAAGUUUAGAAUUUACAUCUUUCGAGUCAUUAUUUCCAUCUAUGAAGGAAGUGUAUGGAACUCAACCUGAAUAUCCUAAAAGAAAUGAUGUAGUAUUAUAUAAAAAAUUCGUCUUAAUUGGACGUAAUGCGACGUAUUUAGAUUAUAAGACACUUCGUUCGAAAUUGAUUCAAGAGUCAUCAUUUCCUGAAACUGUAACUCCCGUGAUUAAAUUACCGGUAGUAACGGAACAUAGUAUAAGUAUAUAUCAACAGUAUGUUAAAAGAGCGUACGUUGGUGGGUCCCUGCCAAAUUCAAGUGAUAUUAAUUUAUAUGAAAAUUAUACAAAGCAAGCAGCAACAACAGCAGUAGUUACUUAAAAGAAUAAGAAAAAUUUGUAUAUAUAUUAUUAUAUAUUUCGUACAAUAAAAUAAACAAAACAUUAUACAG